GCCCACUUCCGCCAUUCUCGCUCUAGACGUUAUUGUCACUCUCCCGCACAAUGUGGCGAUCCUCGUCGUCUCGCUUCCUCUUCCGGACGCGCCUAGGCGGUCCGGCGAAGCCCACCGGGUGCCGGUGGGCGGAGCAGCCGAUCCGCCGCCCCUGGCUCCGCCUCGCCUCCCCCUACUCCUUCUCCUUCGCGUCCGCCUCCCCCACCGCCUCGCCGUCGCCGCCCUCCUCCACCGCCGCCUGGGAGGCGGACCACGGCAUCUCCGGCGGCGCGACCGCUCAGCCGGACGCGAUAACGUUGGCAGAGGCGAAGCGGCUGAUGCGGCUGGUGAACGUGGAGGCGCUCAAGCGGAAGCUGGAGAGGGAUGGGGAGGAGGUGAUAGGGUUCUCACAGCUCCUCGAGGAGUGCGAGGGGAUGGGGAUGGCGCGGACGCGGGAGGAGGCGAUGGCCUUCGCCCGGGUCCUCGACGAGGCCGGCGUCCUCCUCCUCUUUAGGGACAAGGUCUAUCUCCACCCAGAUAAGGUUGUGGAUCUCAUUAGAAGAGCUGUUCCCCUUGUGCUGGAACCCGAGAAUGAUCCGAGGAUAGAAGAGCUGAAGCAACUGCAGAGAAAAAAGGAAGAAAUCGAUAUGCUUGCUCACAAGCAGGUCCGCCGCAUUCUGUGGUCAGGAUUGGUGUUCUUGGUUGUUCAGGUUGGUCUCUUCUUUCGUCUAACAUUCUGGGAGUUCUCAUGGGAUGUCAUGGAGCCAAUAGCAUUCUUCACCACGACAACCAGCAUAGUCGUCGGAUAUGCCUACUUCCUUUUUACAUCGAAGGAUCCAACAUAUCAAGAUCUGAUGAAGAGGCUCUUCUUAUCCAGACAAAGGAAAUUGUCGCAGGGGCAUAAUUUCGAUAUGCGGAGAUAUAUGGAGUUGCAAAAACAUUGCAAAUAUCCUUUGGAUAAAAUAGCUGGGAUGGAGCAUAUCCACAAGUCUGAUGCCUCUCAUCUUCAACAUUUCUCGGCCAACAAGUGAUAAUUUCGCUGUGUUGACACCCAGGACUUUUACCUGCUUCUGGGCAAUGAUAGAAGAUUGCUGCUGAGACGAGCAAAGGUAAACUUUUGAACAGUAUUUUGUAUAGUGGACCCAAAAGUGGCUAUAUGGUCAUCAUAUGGAUAGGAAAACUUUGAGUAUUAAUGCAAUUAAUGAAUCACAAAAGAACCUAUUGAUUUAUAUGGUGAUCUUAGAAUGAUUUUAUGGUGAUUAUUAUAAUUAAGAAAUUAAAGAGAGACAUGUCCUUAUAUUUCAUUUAUUGCUAUAUGUGAGGUCCCUAUAUGAAAACACAAAAUUUGGAUUUGGAUAUAAUGUAUGAACCACAAAAGGAUCUUUUA